UGAACUGAACAAACCUAAAAAAAACUCGCGUAAACAGUUCUGAACGGCUUCCUUCUUUCUUAUAUAGUUCAUUCAAUUCUCCUAAAGCAGAAGCUUAGGCAGAGACUAAAACGAACGAAUCUUUUUGGGGGAAGAUUCAGUUCAUUUCGUUCACUUUAAAGAUUUGUUCAAAAAUAACGAAUCGUUCGUGAACAACCCAUCACUUCCACCUUCCACAGCGGCGAGACAGCCCGGAGCCAUCCGCCUACAAGCUCGGAGUUACCGCAAGUGUAGUUAUAUUACUGUUACUGGUUAGAUUUACCAUGGCCAGGUAUCUGAGGCCUCCAAACACCUCUCUCUUCAUUAGAAACAUCUCGGACGAAUCCAGGCCAGAGGAUUUACGUCGUGAGUUUGGUCGUUACGGGCCUAUUGUAGAUGUCUACAUUCCGCUUGACUUCUAUACUCGACGACCAAGAGGAUUUGCUUACAUUCAGUUCGAAGACGUCCGUGACGCUGAGGAUGCCCUGCACAACCUGGACAGGAAGUGGGUCUGUGGGCGGCAGAUCGAGAUCCAGUUUGCGCAGGGCGAUCGUAAAACGCCCGGCCAGAUGAAGACCAAGGAGAGCUCCCCGCGCAGCUUCUCUCGCCAUGACGACUACGAGCGCGAGGGUCGGCGCCGCAGGUCCCGUAGCCGCAGCUACGACCGGCGGCGCUCGCGAAGCCCCUCUUAUGACCGGCGGCCCCGCCGCUCCCCCAGCCCCCGGGAGUCCAGGUCGUACGGCCGACAUAGACGCAGCAGAAGCCAUGACAACGAGCGGUACCGAGGCCCCCCCCGAGACCAGCGGAUGCACCACGCCCCGCCCCUGCGCUCCCGUUCAGCCUCCCGCUCCGCCUCACCCCCCAGGGCGCGGCCCAAGGCCCGGAAGUCUCCCUCCAAGUCCCCCGGCCCCGUGGAUGACUUCCACCCCUCCGCGUCCCAGAGGCAGGCCCCUGGACGCUCCCCCUCGCGCUCCUUCUCCCGCUCCCUCUCCCGCUCGCGCUCUCGCUCCCGGUCCUGGGCCGGACGCAAGUCUGGGGGCCACUGAGCCCUCACUUCCUCCCUCCAUCUUCCUGUCUCCUGAAGGCGUUGGUGUUCACUGUGUUGAGUACGGUAGCUAGCGAGCGCUGACUUCCACGUCUGUCUCUCUGGUUCUACCUCAGUUGUCAUGGUAGCAGUGGGAUGUGUGGCCAGUUUGGGAGGGAGACGGGGUAGCUUCAGAUUUAGGUUUACAUGUUAACCCCGCCCCCCACCGAAGAUAUGAAGUCAAGUGUUGUAUAGUGGUUCAUUGGUCCCAUGCAGAGAUGGGGAAGACGGGGGGGGUGGGGGUGACGGAGGGAGGGAGCGGGGGGUGACAGAGGGAGGGAGGGGGGAGACGAGAGAGGACGAGGAGAUGACAGUGGGUAGCUCCAGAGUAGCCUGUUAGGGUUAGCUCCUGUUGACUCUUUUUGUACUUCCAUGUAACGGUGGGUGAAACAUCCUGUAUCAGUGGAAAUAUUUUUGUUAAAGAUCAAGUGGCAGCAACGUUUUUAUCAAUGUCAUUUGGAUUAUUUUUAUGGUAGUUUUCAGAUCUGUUGACAGUAGGUCUUUGUCAAUUAAAGUGUUUAAGCAAAUUUGACUUCCUUUCAGACCAAUUCUGUAACCAUCCUGUAUUCCUCUUGGUUCUGUUUGUAGUCUGUGCUACGUGUGUUUAGCUGCGCAGAUUGUGUGACUGUUGGGUUACAUGUGUAUAAAGAACAGCUCUGUAAUUGCACCCUAAUGCAAGAUGUCUGCUUUCUGGAGUCCAUGUGACUCAAUUGUUUUCUUUUGUUUAUCUGCACGUGAAGAUCAAGAUCCAAAUCCAUAUAUAUUUUUUGAAGUGCCCAUAGUUAUUAUUUUAAUGCUGUUUUAUUACACAUGCUUUUUGCUCAUGUCAAUAAACCAUUCUAUUUCA